CGCAGUGUUUCGGUUUGUAUUAUUGUAAACAUCCACAUUUCCAGCUUUAAAGUUAUUCCACCUACCUCUCUGCAAGUUAUGUCGUUUGACGGUUAUGCAAAGGACGUCUUUGAAAGUUGGAGCGAUGUUGGCGUGGUUUACACGCGAAACAAAUAUGGCCGAGUAGUUUCACCUCCUGGGUUUUCGAUAGGCUGCGAGAACAAGCAUUCCUUCAAAAAUAAUAUCCCCAAAGGAGCAAAGUGUUCAUAUACUAUUAAUAACAACAUCUACAAUCCUCAUUCCCUGUUUCUUAUUUGCCUGGAUUUUGUCGCCAAAAACAUACGUCUGGUGGAAUCAUUGGAAGAAUUUCCAGAUAUUGUAGGAGAACAACUUUUCCAAAAAGUCCAAGAGAAUGAUGGAUUUGGAAUAAAUCCCAGAAAUAUGAAGAUAUUUUGUGAAGCAUAUGGUGAAUUGGUUUUAUCAAAGCUGUCACUUAGCUCAGCACAUGUAUUUACAAGUAACUAUUUGGAAUAUCUUCAACUGUUUGUGUGUCUGACAGAGCUUGAUGUCAGUCAUUGUCAUCUAGGGGAUACACAUGAGCUGUUACUAUAUAUUGCUCAUUUACACAGCUUGAAAAGCCUUAGUCUCAAAGAUAACUGCCUCUCUGAUGCUGGAGUGAGACACUUCACUUUGCCUCAGCGCUUUUUCAAAAGUGGACUUGGAAAGCUUUCAGUGUUAGAUUUAUCCUUGAAUCAAAAUAUAACAGAUGCAAGUGUGAAGCACAUAGCCAAGUUGCAUUCAUUGACUGCCUUAAAUCUAUCAGGCACAAGGAUAUCAUUUGGUCAUGGAGUUCUGCAGCUUAUGAAUGAUACCAACCUGUGUCUAGCACUGGAUCUUGAAGAGUUCAAGCAGGAGAAAGCCUUUACAAUAACUGAAGGAUGGGCUGUUGAGGUGAUAAGUGAAUGGAAAGAAAAAUGUAAAGUCUGCCAUGCAGAUGUCACAAUAGAUACACAGCUUAAAAGGAAAACUACCAAGUUCUACAAAGCCUCGCACCCCCACUUGGUCAGUAAGUCUGCACCCAAGAACAAGAACACUAGUGAACUCCCAACAAUUAUGCUGUGUACAAAAGAAAACAAGAUACCUUGUUUUAAACCUGCAACAAUUCAGAGAAUGGCAACAUUACAAGGACAAGAGGGCAAGAACAAUUCUCCCAGAAAUGGGCAAACCAAAAAGAGGUUAAAAACAAGUGGAACUGACUUUACACUGUCUAACAUUACAACUGAAAAUUGUUUGGAAGAUGAUGUCAUUAACGAUUAUUUGAAAUGUGAAAAACAGUGGAAGCCUGUAAAGAGGAAGUCUUCUCUGCUAGAGUUGUUAGAUCAUGCCUCAUAGGUAAGUAAACAAAGAAGUACUGAUAGUUAUUAUAGUUAUAUUUAUUGUGUAUGUCCUUGUUUUGGACUUUAUUCCAAGUUAAUGGUAUUAGUAUUGUGGCUCUUUCUGUUUAUUUUCACAGUAUAAAAAGUUUUCCUAGUAUUCCCUAGUUUAAGUCUUGCUUGAAGAGAGACUUUGUACAACAAUAGCUGUAAGGAUUUUUAGCAAAAGGGUGGGGAAUAUGUAGGCAAUGAAAGGGUGGUAAAGCUGUGUUCUCCUUUUCAGGCCUUAACUGGUAAAAUUUAUCACCUGCAGUACCUCUUCUUAUUGCCUAAAAUUGCUUGGAAUUCUUUAGACUUCAAGGGAUUGCUCAACCAGUUUGAAAAUUUCUUUCACCUGUUAUGGUUAAAAUAAAGUAGAACACUGGUGAAGGUUGUAAGGUUACUACAGUUGUCUUCUGUAACUUGCUAGAGAGUCCUAC